AUGCAACUCUGGUCUCACAAGGCGAAACAAGACGCCCUAAACCAAUCAGACGAAGAGCGGCGUCAGCAGCCCUCGUUGCGCGAGAUGCUCGACAACAAGAAGCCUAAAGCAACAGAAGGUGAUCACAGGGGCUCAUCCGGUCCGAUACCGAUCAUUCUAUGCGGUAAGACGGAGGCGAUUGGUCGCGGCGUCAUCGAGGGCCUGAAGCCGGAAUAUGAAGUAAUCCACUUCAUCACCACCCCCGCCUCAGGAGCCCUCAUCAUCCCAGCCCUCCUGACGUCUUCUCCGCCGCCGCAGCACCCAGACACAAGCACAAUCGGCAGCGGAAACUACGCCUCUUCCCCACGCGCCAUCGUCCUGGGCGGCGCAUUCGACGAGGAGGCCGUGAAGUCCCUUCAGAACGCCGUCGUCGAGCAAGGGGCUGCUGCUGCAUCGAGAAAGGUUCCGUGGCUGAGGCACGACGGGAGUAAAGCUGCGCCGCCUCCCGGGCCAGAGUACGGAAAGGCCAUGGUUGCGAGGGUGAGGGAGAAGUUGGGGUUGUUGGAGGAGGAGGGGAAGUUGGAUGGUGGGUAUGGGGGUGAUGAGUGGUAUUAA